UUUGUUUUUGCCUCCCGGCUCUUGCCUUUACUGUUAAUCGACAAGACUUGCCUAAUUUACCGCGUCUACUCGUCUACUCACGUUUGAACACUUAAAUAUUCUUCUACAUACAUUAGGCACUCAAGAUACUUACCUUGGGUAGGUACUUUUGAACGUCAACCCAUUUCUUUUCACCUCCUGGCUCGCGAGCAACGUCCAAGCAACGUCCAAGCAACAAUCUCAACGCACCUGUUUAUUGUCCCUUGGUUUGAUACCUUCUGCACUUGGGUAGUCCAAUCUUCUCUGACCCAUGCCGCAUUGCCUGUUAUAAGCAGUCCAUCGAUCUUAUUAUUUUCCGUACCGUUCUGUUGUGGUUGUACACCAGCCCGAUAUUUUGAGGAUUUGCACCAAAAUGACCUCUAUUCAGGAGACUCCGCUCAACGCCACGAGCACUGAUGUGCCGUUAGAUCCCUGUGAUGAUGCUACUACUAUUUCCACUGAGGUCGACGUCUCGCAACCAGCAGUCUCUCCUAGCGAAACUGAUAAAAUCACAACCGCCUUGGAGACUAUCGAUGAUGAUAUCUCGGUUCAUUCUGACGUAGUCUUCGGCGGCCAUCACCGGGAGGAAUAUCCGGUCUUUGAUUCCGAGAGUUCCCUCAACAUGGGGAAAUCAAUCAUUUACUUUGAUAUGGACAGCGAUCUUGAUAUUCCCCUCAGCACUCAUCACAGCCCUAUCGUGUGCAAGGUCUCAUCGGCUCACCUUGCUCUUGCAUCUCCUGUGUGGCGCACCAUGCUAUACGGCAAUGAUGCCGUUAAGAGAUCAAACGCAGAAGAUUGGGUGGUCUCCAUCGAUGGCGAUGCGCCCGCCUUGAUAACCCUCUUCCGUAUCAUUCAUUAUGAAUUCAACAAGGUACCGACUAGAGUGUCUAUAGAUGAGCUCCAUUCUAUUGCGGUCGCCAUUAGUCGAUACAGGUGUGCUCAUCUAGUCUAUCCUUGGGCAGAGACGUGGGUCAACAACCUCCGGAAAUAUGAUACCGCCAAAGAAUAUUACCGUGACUCCCGCAAGGCCGUAUUCAUUGCCUGGGUAUUAGGUGACGCUUCGUUCUUCGUCAACUCCCUUAGACAACUCGUUCUUAAUUCCAAGCUAAUUGAUGGCCGACUGGUGGACGCCGAGGGAAAGUUAUUGUCCGGUAUGGAAGACAUCCAUAAGGACCUACCCGGAUGGAUUAGUACUGCAAGAUUAAGGAUCGUCAGUCAAAUGCUGAAUGCUCUAAACAAACCCUUCAGACGACAUACCUCUGCUGAUGGAUCUUUCGAGCCACCCUUCUGCAAGCUAGGUUCGCAACAGAAAGAGUGUGAAACUAUGAUGCUAGGGUCCAUAGUCCCGCAACUCAUAGCUGCUAAACUAUUCCCGGUACCUAAGCCACCUGAAAUUACGGACAGCAUAAAGACUCUGCAAUCGAAAAUCAACAAGAUCAAGUACACACCUUACGAGGGCCGCGAUUGGAUGCCCCACCUAUCCCAUGUUGGUUGUAGCCUUGGAUAUAGCGAAGCGGCACAAGAAAGUGUGGCAAAUAUGCGAAUUCCGCUCGAUUUAGAUUUCAUGAUCGAAUUGCAUUUAAGAGCUCACGUCUCGGGUGUCGAGAAGAGCCAAGGUUAAAUGUUACCGAACUUUUUUCACCAGAUGAACUCGACGUAAUUCGACCACGCGGCUACACUAAGGAGUAGUUGGAGGGAGUGGCCGAUAGUAAGGAACCAGUUAGGUAUCACCUUGCUAUUUUAUCGGCGCGAUAAUUAUUUUAGAGGUCGUCGAGACUUGCUAUGAAGAGUGACAUAUUGAAGGGAGUGGCACUGAAUUUGAUGCGUGGGUUUUCCCUUCCUGUUUUCCCAAUCGUCCAUUGACUUUACUUUCUCUACGAUCAGUAGUCCUAAAGUAAGCAACACGGCCGAUAAUAGGAGGAAAAGUGAUGUUCGAGUUUGUUUCUCGCUUGUUAGAGGUUAAUACCGAGGUAGUUUAGGAGGUAGUUAAUAAUUCAUGCUCUUAUAUAUGGA